UUGAAGAGAGCGGAGAAAAUUAUAGAGGGCCCGAUGACGUAGAAAAUCCUGCCCUGGGUACGCGGUGAUUGAGGGGACCCCCUCACCCGCCAGAGUUAGACCGCUCUGACAAUUACACACUGUUUAUUGUGUCAACAAAUUUUCUUGUUUGCCGCCAGAAUUAGAGUUCCUUCCAAGAGCCGGCGUGUGUUAACACAAUGUUUGGAAAAAUUCACUCUCGAAUAUGCUUCCGAAGGGACCAAGCGUAACAAUGCAAUAUUUGUUAAUCAUUUAAAAAUCUUUAAAACGUUCGAGCGUGACACUGAUGGAUAAAAGCUGUGGGGAUAUCACAGAGGUGUAGCGAGGUCCUUUUUUUCAUUUUGGAUCCUUUUAUGUUUAAGUGCACAAUUCAAAAGGAUAAGUCAAAUUGUUUUGAAUUUUCAGUUAAUAAAGGGAAUUCCAUUAAAGUGAUCUAGGUUCCGAGAUACUCGCUCUGAAGAUAACAUCUAACAAAGGUGCGAAAAACUUAACGAGUGAAAACAAACAACGGGAUACAUACAUCUAAUGGAAAGACACAACACGAUCUCCUGUUUAUUUUGGUAAACAGUCUUGGCUUCGGAGCAGACGUUAAAAAUAUAUUUUCAUUGUUGGAAUUUUGCAUUUUUUGUUUGUAUGAUGACAAUUAACCCGACUCUUGGACACCUUUAUCACGAUUUCAGCAUCAGCAAUGCUUAUACCGCUCUAGACGUCCAGGAACUUUUCAAAACGAGGCAAAGAAAUGCGCGCGAAAAGCGCCAACUGGACGAAUUUAACAGGUAUCUCAAUAAGGCACAAGAAAUCAACCUCCGAAGACUGAACCUUGAGGAGAAAUGCGUCCGGUACCAACUGGCGGACAUCAAUCUUCGCUCGGCCUCACUAAGAAACGGACCGAGACACGGGUCGCUCCGAAGAUCCCAAACCUUCAGCAUCGCUAGUCCCAGCACGCUGUCGUCUGCGUACCCCUCCAUUUGUACGUCUGCUGCGCCUUCCCGCUUCUCUGGUUCAUCAUCACAAGUUUCCGGCACCAGUUCUCUGGAGACGGGGGAUCUACAGCUAUCACGCAGUAAGUCAAAUAUGUUUGUGAGAAAAGUGAACAAUGUUACAAAAUCACUGUGUAAAUUGUAUGAGAAACAACAACGACGAAAAGUGGAAAAAGAAAUUUUACUCCGAAAUGUUAGGAAAAAUAACGAGGAAUUACUCCAGAGAUCGCGGGUGCAUUUCAAAGAUUCAGACACUACACAGAACUUGGAGAAAAUUCUCGGAAAUUCUUCAGAACCUUGUAAGGAAUUAAUCAAACAGGACACUCUUGGUUCAAGCAUUCCAAGUACAGCGAAAACUGAUACGACGCGUUCAGAAACAAUUUCUCUUCCAUCCCUGACAAAUACUGGCGCUGUUAGCUUGAACAAAAAUAUUAACAGGACCCUAUUCCAAGAGGACACGAGAUCGAACGCGGGUAAGCUCUCUAUGUCUGAUGAUCUUGACCUAUCGGAGUUCAAGGUCAAUGCUCAAAACAAGAGAACAAUACCGGAAGUUUGGCAGCUAUACAAACAGAAAAUGGCGGCCGAUGAGGAUGAGAUUAAUGAACCUCUUUUAGUGACAAUAACUGCUCGGUACAGGAGAACUUUGGUGCACUAAAUCUACAGUGUACAUAAUACUGGUGACAAUAAAAGCUCACUAAAAGGGAAUUUGGUGCAUUAGAACUGAGCGGAUAGUUUCUGAUUGUGUUUUGAAAACUGCAUAUUUCUUCAUUUCGUCCAGUAGUCGCUAAUGGAG